AUGCGCGGUACGCAAUCGGAAUCGGUUGGGUGUGUCCUUCGUGGUCAGCUUGUCUUGGCUAUUACAGAGCCUACAAAGGUUCGUGAAGUCAAGUUGACUUUUCAAGGAAAGUCAAAAAUCUCUUGGGCUGAUGGAGCUGGUACCAGACAAUAUUAUCAUACAGAAGAAAGAAUUUUAUUCCAGCACGAUUGGAUAUUCCUCCCGGCUCAAAAGAAUGUUCACAUUCUUCAGCCUGACAAUUAUCACUGGGAUUUUGAAUUGGUUCUACCCGGAACCUUACCUGAGACGGUGGAAAGUUGUGAACACGGAAGCAUCAGUUACCAAUUGAAAGCUGUCGCCGAAAGACCUGCUCUGGCAAUCAACUUCACCACAAAACGUAAAGUAAACAUACAAAGAUGUCUACUGCCAAGUGAACUGGAAUAUAUGCAAAGCAUGAUAGUGUCUAAUACUUGGACCGAUAAGGUCGAAUAUGAAUUUAAUGUUGACUCUAAGGUGUAUACUUUAGGAGACACAAUUCGUGUAUCCAUGUAUUUAAGGCCUUUGAGGAAACAUCUGAACAUAAGAAAGUUCAGUUGUUUGAUCAAAGAAUACACCACCUAUCACAUCGGAGUUCGCUCGAAGGAAGAAACUCGACACGUCACUUGUUACUUUGACGAGGAAUUUCCUAACGAAGGCGAACCUUGGACAAGAUCCUUUGGUAUCACUCUACCCAAAUCAAUUUCCCUAUGUCACUAUGACUCUCAAAACGAAAUAGUUGACAUACGACAUAAGAUAAAGUUCAUCGUAUUAUUCACGGAGUCGGGGAAGAACCCCUCCGAGUUAAGGGCAUCAAUGCCAAUGGUGGUCACCCCAAUCUCUCCCACCAGGCGAUAUUUGGUGCAUAUUAAUGACGCAUUGUCAGGCGAAUCCCGAUGGAGGCAAAUUAAGUUAUCAAAAUGA